AUGAUAAAUGCACGAUCUAUAUCCUCUCAAAGAGCUAUAUUAAGAAACUCAAAAUCAAAAAUAUUGAGUUCUGUACCUUCAGCUAUUAUUUCUAAACCAGAAGAAAAAGAUCAUCAAUUUAAUCAUACAAGUCGUUUGUCAAAAGACAGUCCAGAUUUCAAAGAAAUAAGGCGAAGUAAAAGUAUAUACGUAUCCCCACCACGAUCCCAUAUAUCAAGAGAUCUGAGUUCUCAAAAACUACAUAAAAGAAAUUCACAGAGUAAUGAGCAUUGUCACCUAUAUGAAACUUCAGCCUCAUUAUUUUCUAACCUUGAAAAUAGUGCUUCAAAUACUCUCAGACUAAGCCCUCUCAAGCGAAAUAGACAUAACUCAAACUCAGCAGAAAAAUUGGCCUCAUUGGAUUCAAUAGUGGAUAAAUGUGAAAAUGUCAGAAGGAGUAUGAGCAAAUCUAACCUUUCAAAUGCUAUGGAAAACGCGAUCAGUUGAAAAGUACUUACUCCCCCCCCCCCCUCCGUGAGCGAACAAACCAUUAGAAAAAUCGCCCAUUUUUGACCAAAAAACCCACCCUCCGUGAGUGAACAAAAAUUUUUUUAAUAGAAAAAAUUUUAAUGGAAAAAAAUUUUGAUAUAUAAGUGAUAAUUAGUAUAAUGAAAUCUAGAGCUAAUUCUGUUUAAUUUUAAACAAAUUGCGUUUUAAAACAUAAAUUUUGCAAAUUAAAUUAAUAUUUGCUUCCCAAUUUUUGCAAAUUAGGAUUUUUUUAAAUUUCGAAAAAAAUAUUUUUUAUAAAAUUUAUAUAUAAAUUUUUUUUAAAAAAAAAAAUUAACCCCCCUCCGUGAGCGAACAAAAUUUUUUUGUUCGCUCACGGAGAGGGGGGGGGGGGGGGGAGUUAGAGAGUCUCUUGACACAAAAAAGGAAAGGCCCUAUGUAAAAUCUUACCAAAAAUCAUCUGAAGAUGAAAUGAUAAAAGAAGCUUUGGAGCUUCAAAAAAAAUUUGAGAUAGAUUUUAUAAGAAAAAAGCGGAAAAUCUGGAAAAAUUCUAAACCUGCACUUGCAUUCAAACUUGAAAAAAGUUUAAAUAAAUAUCGAAUAAAGUAA